AAAAUCACUCCUGGGACUCUUGGCCCCUGUGUUUUGUUACUUGCACUAGGCACCACGAGUGGCCAAGGAAGCCGGGGCUCUGGGAUACCUGUUCCUGCUAGCUGGUGUAUUGAUUUGUUUUGUCUAUUUCAGAGACUAGAGAGGUGCAUGGGCAUUGUGACGUCGCUGACCAAUGGGGUGUCGGAGAGGGAAGCUAACGAUGCCCUAAAUGCUCACGUGUGCAAAGGAGCCCCUCAGCAUGAGGAGAUCUGUCUUGGCCUCUUCACCCUGGUCCUCACAGAGCCGGCUCAGGCACAGAAGUGUUACCGGGACCUGGCGUUGGUGAGCCGAGAUGGCAUGAACAUUGUUCUAAACAAGAUCAACCAGAUUCUCAUGGAAAAGUACUUGAAGCUGCAGGAUGCCUGUCGGACUCAGCUGGUGUGGCUGCUGCGGGAGCUGGUGAAGAGCGGGGUGCUCGGGGCAGAUGGCGUCUGCAUGACCUUCAUGAAGCAGAUUGCAGGUGGGGAUGUGACGGCGAAGAAUAUCUGGCUGGCAGAGAAUGUCCUUGACAUACUGACUGAGCAAAGAGAGUGGGUGCUGAAGAGCAGUAUCCUGAUUGCCAUGGCCGUGUACACCUACCUGCGGCUCAUCGUGGACCAUCACGGCACCUCGCAGCUCCAGGCCCUGCGCCAGAAGGAGGUGGACUUCUGCAUCUCCCUGCUCCGGGAACGGUUCAUGGACUGCUUCAUGAUUGGCCGGGACCUGGUGAGACUCUUGCAGAACGUUGCUAGGAUACCCGAGUUUGAACAGCUCUGGAAAGACAUUAUCCACAAUCCGCAGGCGCUGAGCGCCCAGUUCACAGGUGUCCUGCAGCUCCUUCAGUUGAGGACCUCUCGCAAGUUCCUGGCCUGUCGUCUCACCCCUGACAUGGAAACCAAGCUGCUCUUCAUGACAUCCCGGGUGCGGUUUGGCCAGCAGAAGCGGUACCAGGACUGGUUCCAGCGGCAGUACCUGUCCACCCCAGACAGCCAGUCCCUGCGCUGCGACCUCAUCCGCUACAUCUGUGGGGUGGUCCAUCCGUCCAACGAGGUGCUGAGCUCCGACAUCCUCCCUCGCUGGGCCAUCAUUGGCUGGCUGCUCACCACCUGCACGUCCAACGUUGCUGCUUCUAAUGCCAAGCUUGCCCUGUUCUACGACUGGCUCUUCUUCAGCCCCGAGAAGGACAACAUCAUGAACAUAGAGCCGGCCAUUCUGGUGAUGAAUCACUCCAUGAAGCCCCACCCUGCCAUCACAGCCACGCUGCUGGACUUCAUGUGCCGGAUCAUUCCCAACUUCUACCCGCCGCUGGAGGUUCACGUCCGGCAAGGCGUGUUCAAUUCCCUCACCCACAUCGUGGAGAAGCGAGUCCUGGCACCCCUGGCCCCUCUGUUUGACAACCCCAAGCUGGACAAGGAGCUCCGUGCCAUGCUGAGGGAGAAAUUCCCGGAAUUCUGCAGCUCGCCCUCACCGCCCAUCGAAGGUAGAGCACCCGGGUCCUCCGGGAGAGGGGGGCUUUCCUGGCCAGCUCACGGCUCUUGGAGCUGCAGGCUCACUGAGGCAGCACUACAUUGGGGGGCUGGAGCUUUUCAGCCAUUUGUUUUCUCCACUGCAGGGAAGAAGAGGGAAUUCAGGUUCCAUCCAAUCAAAGAAACCAUCGUUGAGGAGCCCGUUGACAUCACACCUUUCCUGGACCAGCUGGACGAGUCUUUGAAGGAUAAAGUCCUGUUACUGCAGAAGGGCAGCGAUACGGAAGCCCAGUGUGAGGUCAUGCAGGAAAUUGUGGAUCAAGUCCUGGAGGAGGACUUUGACUCCGAGCAGUUAUCCAUCCUCGCGUCCUGCCUGCAGGAGCUAUUUAAGGCUCACUUCCGCGGGGAGGUCUUGCCAGAAGAAAUCACAGAGGAGUCUCUGGAGGAAUCGGUGGGGAAGCCGCUUUACCUAAUAUUUAGGAACCUCUGCCAGAUGCAGGAAGACAACAGCAGCUUCUCUCUGCUGCUCGAUCUCUUGUCUGAGCUCUAUCAGAAACAGCCCAAGAUUGGCUACCACCUUCUCUACUACCUGAGAGCCAGCAAAGCGGCGGCAGGGAAGAUGAACCUGUACGAGUCGUUCGCCCAGGCCACGCAGCUGGGGGACCUGCACACCUGCCUGAUGAUGGACAUGAAGGCCUGCCAGGAGGACGAUGUGCGGCUGCUCUGUUACCUCACCCCCUCCAUAUACACCGAGUUCCCCGACGAGACCCUACGGAGCGGGGAGCUGCUGAACAUGAUUGUCGCCGUCAUAGACUCGGCCCAGCUGCAGGAGCUGGUGUGUCACGUCAUGAUGGGGAACCUGGUGAUGUUCCGAAAAGAUUCGGUGCUCAACAUCCUGAUUCAGAGCCUGGACUGGGAGACGUUCGAGCAGUACUGCACUUGGCAACUCUUCCUGGCACACAACAUUCCCCUGGAGACCAUCAUCCCCAUCCUGCAGCACCUCAAGUACAAAGAGCACCCAGAGGCGCUGUCCUGUUUGUUGCUCCAGCUGAGGAGAGAGAAGCCCAGCGAGGAAAUGGUGAAGAUGGUGCUGAGCCGGCCCUGCCAUCCGGACGACCAGUUCACCACCAGCAUCCUGCGGCACUGGUGCAUCAAACACGACGACCUACUGGCCGAGCACAUCAAGUCCCUGCUGAUCAAGAACAACAGCCUGCCGCGGAAACGCCAGAGCUUGCGCAGUUCAAGUAGCAAACUGGCCCAGCUGACGCUGGAGCAGAUCCUGGAGCACCUGGACAACCUCCGGCUCAACCUGACCAACACCAAACAGAACUUUUUCAGCCAAACGCCGAUCCUGCAGGCGCUGCAGCACGUCCAGGCCAGCUGCGACGAAGCCCACAAGAUGAAGUUCAGCGACCUCUUCUCCCUGGCAGAGGAGUACGAGGACUCCUCCAGCAAGCCCCCGAAGAGCCGCCGGAAGGCCGCGCUGUCCAGCCCCCGCAGCCGGAAGAACGCCGCCCAGCCAGCCAACAACGAGGAGGAGUCUGCCUCCAGCAGCGCCUCGGAGGAAGAGGACACCAAGCCGAAACCCACCAAACGGAAACGGAAAGGCUCGUCCGCCGUGGGCUCGGACAGUGACUGAGGGGCGUGGCCCCGUGCCCAGCUCCACCCUGGCCCGCUGUGGCAAGUGGCAGCAGCGGCUCUGGAAGUCCCUGCAAAGCGGCAGCCGCCGCCCCAGUGGUUGUGGAGCAGCUGGGCAAAGCGGUCCCCAGGCUGGGAGCGAGCGAGGCGCACGCUGUCUGUCUGUGGCUGCACCCGCCACGUGACUGCAGCCUCCUGCCGGCGGCACCACGCUGCCACCCCGGCCCCACCGGGCUGACGUCUGAGUCCCUUUCUAACGGAAUUGUGGGGUGACUGGCUGGAGCAAGCGCCUCUUUCCGUGGCCUCCGGGUGCCAGGCCAAGGGGCACGGCCCUGAGUCCCCGGGAGAGGGGGCAGCCGGGGCAACUUCAGCAGCAGGCAGGCCAGGCCCCUGCGUCCGGGGGCUGGACAGGAAACCAGACAGGCUGCGGACCAAUGGCCUCCUAUUUUCAUAUAAGAAAUGUAAAUAAAUAGUGAGAACUGGCUUGCUGCUCCGAGACGCUUCCAGGAGGGGACCCCAGGCUUACCUGUGCCAGGGCAGCCAACGGCCUGGGGCACCUGCCCACCAUUCCCCGGCCGUGCUGGCUCAGUUCCCACCUGCGAUUUUCACCACAAUCCAGAGCCUUGGCCCCGCAACAGCCUCUAGCUUCCGCCGCGGAGCGGGCACUGCCCAGGAAAGCCCAGCCAGCGGGGCAGAGACCAGCCCCCGGAGCCCAUUCGCUGCUAGCAGGACGAGCUGGGGCUGGGAGUCCGAAAAGAGCCAAACCCCCUGAGCAGCCACUGCCCCCCAAUCUCUUCCCUGCGAGCCAAGCCCCCCAAGCUGGGAGGAGGAGCAGAACGGGCCGCACCGGUGCUGAAGACACCUGCUUGGCAGAACUGUUCACAGGCGGGCGGCCCGGCGAGGCUGGAGAGUCAAAGCUCUUUCCCCAGAGAGAUUCGCCUUUUAAAGUGUUUUUAAAACUACAAUAAAACUGUCCAACGUUUUGUA